AUGGAUAAUAAUUUACAACAUGAAGAUUUGUUGAUAAAAUUACGCGCUAAACUAAAUCAGGAGAAGGUAAAAUUAUGGGAACCUCCAUUCAUUGCCCAAGAUAAUGAAAUCACGGAAGAUUUUAAGAAUAUUGCGGAGAAAUACGCGAAAGACCUCUCCUUAGAGACUGAAGUGGUACAGCAAGCUCUACGGGAACUGCAAUUACACUCACUUGAACGGUCCAAAGACAAUGAGGAGUUCAAAGAGACAGGGUUUGCGACCUUUAGGGUCAAAGCCACCAUACCUGGUGAGAAACCCAAGAUGAUGAAGUUGCAGAAGAAGCUUGAUGGUCUCGGAUCUGAACUGAUAGCUGCCAUUGCUGCCGAGAUUGGGGUUACGGAGAAUAGAGUAAAGUUAAUAUUCAAUGGGAAGGUGAUAAAGCCUACUCCUAAUUUAGAACAACAAGGGUUGAAGAAUGGAGCUACUUUGAUGGCUCUUGUGAUGGCAGAAACUCCUGAAGAAGUGAAGAAAGAGGAGAACAUGUAUAUGGAGAUGAAGACUGUCCGGGAUGAUGCCACACUGCUGUCCGAGUAUGUGGACGAACUGGCUGAUGAUGAGGAGUAUAUAAAGCUGGAGGACCAGUCGGGCGCGACGGUGGAGCUGCCCCCGGCGGAGCGGCGCGCGCUGGUGGUGGGGCUGGCGCUGCACGAGCGGGGCCGCACGGCGGCGCGACACCACGACUACUCACUCGCGCUCGUACUCUUCCUGGAGGCUGACCGACAACUCAGCGAGUGUCGGUCGUCGAUCCUGAAGUCGGUGGACAACUGGGCCGUGCUGCAGCUGGACGUGGCGUGGAGCUACCUGUGCCUGCGCUCCCUGCCGCAGGCGGCCGACGCGGCGCAGCGCCUGGCGCGGGCCGAGGCCGCCUUCCGCGACACCUACGGCGAGGACCACGCCCGCCUCAUCGCGCUCAAAGGCAGCGCCGCGAACGAGCGCGUGCUACUGAUGCGCAUGUACUUGCUGCAAGGCAUCGUGUGCUACCACCAGAACAAGCGCGCCGAGGCACGCGCACUGCUCGCCAAGGCGGAGACUGAACUCAACGCGCUCAGGGUGGACGAGGACGCGGUGCUGACGCUGAUGGAGCUGGGCUGGUCCCGCGCGGCCGCCCGCACGGGGCUCCGCGCGGCCGCCGGCCACGUGGACACGGCGCACCACUACCUCGCCGACCGCCGCGCGCAGCGGGACCGCGCCCGGGACGCGCAUCGGACCGACCGACAGCGUCGCCUGCUAGGUGUAUGUGAGGACGGGUCCCAAAUCAACUUGCAGUUGGUGGAAGCGUUGGUGGGUAUGGGAUACCCGCGCAGCGUGGCAGUCUGCGCGCUCAGGAACUCCAACAACCACGUCGCUGAGGCUGUCAGGCUCAUACAGGAACAGCCUGAACUGUUGGUCGACAGCGACAGAUCCUCGGACGACGCGUCCACCAUCAGCUCGGACGACUCCAACAUCGUGCCGGACAAUAAACUCGUCGCAGAGCUGGAGGCGAUGGGCUACGACCCGGAGCAGGCCCGCGCGGCGCUGCGCCUGGCGCGGAACCACAUCAGCGGCGCCGUCGACUCGCUCGUCGCGGGGAACGGGGUCGUACUGCACAAAGGUGACCCUGAGGAUCCAUCCACCAGCUCAGGAGUUGUCUCCAAGAAGAAGAAGGCUAAAAAGGCACACAAGAAAGAUAAAAGGAGGAAAGAGCGGGAUCAAGCUCUGCGCCGGCUGACGGCAUCUAUAAAGACUGAAGAAGAUGACUAUCUGGACACCUCCCUCACUGAGGAGGAGGAGUUCCUCGCACAGUACAAGUCCCUCCUGUAG